AUUAGUUAUUUUGGAUCAUCCGAAAACGGGCACAUUCUUGUUUCGGUUAAUAAUACUAUCGCCCCAUCGCGGCCCCAAAAUAAAAAACGGUUCGAACGUGCGACCAUCGACCAAAUUGGCUGCAGCCAACGCCGCCGAAAAGUGAAAGUAUUUGCAUACGAAUAGCGACCAAAUAGUCGCGGAGUGGGUCAGCAAGCAAGAAGAAGCAGCGGCGCAGAAAGAGGCAGACACAAAAAAAAGGCGAAGCGAAGCGAAAAUUAGAAAAAACUGUGCACUAACAGGCCCGCAAAAAUCACUGCUAAAAGGUCAAUUCACGUGUUAGUUAGUUUAAUUAAGUAGUACAGUACGUCCUACGUCCGUGCAAUUCAUACGUUAAGUACAUAUUUAUGUGACCGAAAUCGAAAUCGGUGUGUUCAGUGUGCCAGAACGAGAUAGCAAGACCGAGACCAAGAUGGGCACAACAAAGGAGAGAAGAGAGCAGAGCGAGGGCGAGGGCGACGCCGCCACCACCCACUCAACAGCAACAACAACAACAACAGUAGCGGGGGAUAUUACUACGACAGCUACAACAGCAACCACGACGAAUGCCGCCAAAAAGAUUCGCCGCGCCUUCUCCAUGCCACGCAAUCCCUUUCGUUGGUCGCGUAAAUUUAAAACGGCAGCAGUUUCCUCGUCGGGAGCGGAAAACGGAAGCGGCAAGGAAAACGGUGUAGGAGGACGGGGCGGCGGAGAGGGAGAGCGGCGUGGCAGCCACUCGGCCAUCUCGUCCUGCGUGGGCGGUGGGCGGGGCAGGAGCGGCAGUAUUGUGUCGCUUAGCAGCUACGAAGCUCACAUUUCAACCAACAACAACAUGGCCAACAACAAUUACAACACCACCGCCAGCAAUGGAAACACCAACAACAGUAGUACCAACACCAACAACAACAAACGGACACGUGCUCUUCGCCGUUCGUCCUUCAGGAAGUUUCUCAACAGGAUCGCCCAACAUCUGAGCUCAACGGUAAAUGUCGUGUCGGAGGAGCACCACUCGCCUGCGAGUCGCAUCGCCUUCAUUGAAAUCGUGCCAUUCUACACCGGAUGCUGGCGCAGAAAAGAGGCGAACAAACAUGCUCAGCCAUCGGGAGUGGCAUCCUCAGCGAGCUCGGGAGGAGGACCAGGCGGUGCGGAGCGAGUGCCGCCCAUCGGAGGCUAUCAGUGGCCGGCGGACCAGACUCCGGGCGUAAUGGGACUGAAGAACCACGGCAACACGUGCUUCAUGAACGCGGUGCUGCAGUGCCUCAGCCACACGGACAUCCUGGCCGAGUACUUUGUGCUGGAUCAGUACAAGGCUGACCUCAAGCGGCGCAACAAGAUCAACUCGAGGAAGUUCGGCACCAAGGGUGAGCUCACCGAGCAGCUGGCCAACGUGCUGAAGGCGCUGUGGACCUGCAAGAACGAGAGCGACCACAGCACCAGUUUCAAGGCAGUGGUGGAUCGAUAUGGAACGCAGUUCCGCAGCUCCACGCAGCACGACGCCCAGGAGUUCCUCUUCUGGCUGCUGGACAAGGUGCACGAGGACCUGAACACGGCCAGCAAGCGGCGCUACAAGAGCCUCAAGAACUCGUAUGGCCGCUCGGACGAGGUGAUCGCCGCCGAAACGCUGGCCAACCACAUCCGGUGCAACAACAGCUUCGUCCAGGCCGUGUUCCAGGCCCAGUUCCGAUCCUCGCUCACCUGCCCGCGCUGCGAGAAGCAGUCCAACACCUUCGACCCCUUCCACUGCAUCUCGGUGCAGCUGCCGCAGCUCACCCAGCAGACGAUCUUCGUCACGGUGGUCUACAUGAAGCAGAUGCCCCGCCAGGUUCGGAUGGGACUGCGUGUGCCUGCCGGAUCCCCGAUAGUGGCUCUCCGAGAGCAGCUGCAGACGGACACGGGCAUCGAGGGAUCGCGCAUGGUGCUGGUGGACUUGAACAGCGAGGGUUUUUCGCGGGUCUUCUACGAUACACAGCCGGUGGAGACACUGGCCAGCAUUGAGACCAUCUACUGCAUUGAGGUGCCGGAGGCGACGACGCCUGUUCCCAAGGCUGGUGCCCCGCCAGAGGCGGGGGAUAAGUCCACUCCUGCGGCAGGUGCCUCUGCUCCCGCUACUGCUCCUGCAGCAGCUCAAUCGCAGGCCGACCUGCUGCUCCUGGUGGCCAACGUGUACCGAGCGAAGGAUGGCAAGGACAUCACCCGCUUUGGAGCGCCCUUCAGCAUGAAGGCACCACGCGAUUGCUCCUACCAGGAUCUGCAGAAAAGGAUGCUGCGCGAAAUGGCGCCACUGCUCAAGCCAGAGGUCUUCUCCUAUGCCACGCCGCUAUCUGAGAUGUUUCGUAUACGGCUGCAAGACCCCUCCGCCGACCCGGACACGUAUUUGGAGCAGGUGGCGCACCCUCUGCUCACCGAGAUGAUCGACAUGGCGCUUUCCGUGCUGUCCUCCGAGGCUGGACCACAGCACAUCAAGCUGCUGCUGGAGUGGAGUUCCCCCGAGGAGCACUUCCUGAACAAGCAGCAGGAUUCGGGGGAGGAAGUCGUUGUGGAGCACGAGAGCGUGGCGCGGCUAAGUGCCAGCAAGCCCAACGACACCGCCUCCCUCACGCUGGAGCAGUGUCUGGAGCACUACACCAAGGCGGAGACUCUGAGUGCCGAGGACGCCUGGCGCUGUCCACACUGCCAGCAGUACCUGCCCGUGGUGAAGACGCUGGGCCUGUGGUCUCUGCCCGACAUCCUGGUGGUGCACUUCAAGCGCUUCCGCCAGCACCAGUCAAAGGGACCGCAGGCUGCCAAGCUGACCACCAUGGUCAAGUUUCCGCUCACCGCCUUCGACAUGUCGCCGCACCUGGCACGCGGCGUCCACGAGAGCGCCAGCAGCUCGCUGGGAAUGGGCACGGGAAUGGGGCUCGGACUGGGCCUGGGUUCAAAUCCCUGGAAGCGGGUCCGUUCCGGCGACUCGCGCUCCUCCACGCUCAAUUCGCGCUGCGAUCCAAAGGACACGCGAUACGAUCUGUACGCCGUGUGCUACCACCAGGGUGACACCCUGGAAACCGGUCACUAUACGGCGGCCUGCAAGAACCCGUACGACCGGCAGUGGUACAAGUUUGAUGACCAGCGCGUGAGCAAGGUGCCCGAGGACGACAUCGAGCAGGACAUCAUCAACAACGAGGCCUACAUGCUAUUCUACCAGCGACGCAGUGUGGACGCCGGCGAGUGCUCGGGAUCCAGUUCGAAUUCCGGCGAUCACUGGGUAUCGCGCAUUGCCCCGGCGCCCUCGUCCUCCGCCUCCUCGACUUGUGGAAAAGAUAAGGAGCCGGUUAAGUUGGAGGGCUCCAGUGAGUCCACCGAAACUCCGGCGGCCGCAGUGGCAGAGAAGGCUCAAUCGAAGCCAGUUGACAUACCCAAAAUUUGCCAGGAGAGGGCGGAGGUUAACGAAGAACCCACGGCUGGUGCUCAGGAGAAGCCAUCAGCAACACACGAGCUCAACAUUGAAGAACUGGCGUUUGCCGAUGCCGAUGUGGAUACCAGUGUAAGUGAGAAUAGCAAGACACAGGCAGCUCUAGCAGCCGAAGAUGAACCCGAGCAGAGGGUUGCAGAGGAAGCCACGCCCAUAUUUGCCAUGGAUGAAGAUUGCUCCGACCUUGUGGAGGAGAAAAACGAGAAUCCUGCUAACAAAGAAGCUGACAUCUCCGAAGCCCCUCUAGCUACCGAACCAACCAACGCCGAAGCCAAGGUCAAGACCAACGGGGAUGUGAGUUCUUCACCCAGCUCUUCAUCCUCGGAGAGCUCGCUCUCGUCACGCUCCUCGCCGAGAUCACUGAGUACCUCAGUGACGGCGGCCUCCACUUUGCAGAGCAAGUUCAACGGCCACAUGAACGCCGCCCAGCUCUCCUCCAGCUUGCAACUAUCCAGGCAGGUGCUACACAACCACAACUGGCAUGGAUCCAGGAGCAGCGUGUCGGUGGUGGAGAAUGCCACCCAUCAUCACCAACAUCAGCAGGCGGCGGCCAGUCUAAGCUUGCGGCACUCCUUCUCCACCAGCUCCAACUACACGGAGACUCUGUCAUCACUGCUGCGGAAGUCGGCCAACACUUGCAGCAAGGACACGCUGCUGUUCAUCGACCAGCAGAGUCACCAUCACACAGCGGGACUGAUCGAAGAUGAUGAUGAUUCAUAUAUGGGCCGGUCCCUAUGGAUAUCCCCCGUGACGCCACACAAACUCAUUACAGUUUCGCCCAAGAAUUAAAUGCGAUAUUAUGAUCCGUACGGACCAUAGACACAAACAGAAAUGGAAACCGAAACCGAAAAUGAAAACGAAACCGAAACAAGAACAUACACAAACGCACUAUAGCCAUAAGCCUAAAGUUUACUUUAUAUGAUAUUUCUAAACCGGAGCUACCGAGCGAUAAGCGAAAAGCAUAAUGAAGAUGUUAUACAACUCUGUUUACUUUAAGAUAUGUACUCAUAUAUACGAUAGUUGCAAUAUUGCAUUAAGUUUGAAAAGUUGGAUGAAACUUGAAUAGGGUCCGUAAGCCUAAUUAAGUUUAUUUAUUCGCUGGCAAUUCAAAGCCAAUGGCGAGCAUUAAUUUUCUUUGUAUUUUACCGAAUUGACAUUGAUUUGUUUCUAAUAACCUAACGACUACCAAUAUUUAUUUAGCCAAACAUUGAAGUACAAUUUGAUUUUAUUUAGUUUCCCAUUUCAUCCGUAUACCUUCUUCUUGUAUAGUUCUCUAUCGAUUUCUGACGUAACGAUGAAGUGCUUGGCAUGCCUAUAUUUAGUUAUUUUUUUAAAUGAAACCAAGUUUCAAACUACAAUCUAUGCGUAUAGUUAUAGAUCUAAGGACAUGUAUUCUCUUUAAUUAAGAUUACCUUUAUUUCUAUAUCAAUCUAUUUGCUUGUCACUUUUCCACACCCAUAUACAAUUCUGGCACAACUGCAUGAUUCUUUCGAUUUGAUGUCGGGGCUAAGUUUUGUGGGGCUUUCACAAUGCGGAUCUAUAUACAAACAUAUAUAUUACUUUAUGAAUAAUGUAUUCUACAUGUAGAAGAAAGCAUUACACCAAAACAUUAUAUGAUAACAAAUGUUUAAGGACUCUACCACAUUGUUUUUUGGAGAGAAAGAACUUUAUUACGGUGUAAAAUGUUCAUUGUAUUCAUAAAUAAACGUGAAGUUGUUGGAUAUGAAA